ACUUUACGGUCAGUUUUAAGUUUCUUAUUGACGUUUACGCACGUUUCAAUAGGACAUUACUUUGGAAUGUUAAUUUAAUAACAUGAAUUUAAUAAAAUCGAAGUAAAAUAUUUAUUAGUACAGAAUAGGUACUUAAUUGGUCAGGAAUAAACGGCUAUUAAAGGCAAGUGCGGGUGUGAUCAAUAUGUCAUCUUUUUUAAAUAUUCUAUUUGUUCAAUUAUUUACGGCUAAAGAAAUAUACUAAACCAAUUCGUGAUCUUAAUCAAGCCAACAAAACCUCAGAAUUUUAUCAACUGAACCUCCACGGACUUUCUUUUGGAAUUUUUAAAUUACUUAAAAAUAAAACAAAUUGCCACCCACCACUUGACAAAUGGUACGUUUGUUGACCCGAGAAUAAAUCUGCUGUCACCCCAUGUCGGAAACAGAUAUUAGAUUCUGGUUGUUGCUUAACCCGUCCCAACAAUCAAGGACCAUUUGGAUCAAUAUCUCAUAAUAGUUUUCCAUGUGCUCAAUGAUUGACUUCGAGAUGUUUUUACCUCACAGCCCACCAGUCUUCAGCCACAGUCCUCCUACUAGCUUCCUGAGCGACUUUGCCGCACUACACUUGAGUCCUCAGCUACAGCGAGCGGCUAGUUGCCGACAAAUGCAGCAAAACUAUAACACUAAUUAUGCAGCUAUACAACGACCGUUUAAAUCUCCUAAACGUCCAUGUCUUGUUAUUCGUCCGAAUGAUGAAUGUUGCAGUUCGGGAGAUGAAGAUCCUACCAGUCCCACUAAAUUAAAGAAAAAGGUUGUAUUUGCAGAUGAUAGGGGUAUGUCACUUACUCAUGUGAGGGUUAUGACUGAGCCUUCAGGAGUUCCUCCGCUGUGGAGCACGAAAUUUCUUGCAGAAGUUACGCAAGGCAUUACCGCUGAAGCUGAAGUGCAGCAGGAACCGUGGGAAAUAACUUUUCCCCAACCUGCAUCAGAUUAUGUCAACUUUAGGCAAAAAUUAAGCGACCAAAAAGUGUGCCUGGAAAACGUCAUUAUAAAGGAAUCGGAGGAUCAAGUUAUUGGGACCGUUAAAGUUCAAAACCUAUCGUUUCAUAAAGAAGUCGUUGUACGCAGUAGCUUUGACAACUGGAAAACUCAUGAAGAUACUUACUGCACCUAUGUGCCAAGCAACAUUACUGCAGGCUCAACUUACAUAGUGUUCGAUACUUUUUCUUUUAAAAUUAACCUAACACCCAAAGCGAAGAGGCUGGAGUUUUGCGUAUGCUUUCGUUGCGAUGGUCAAGAAUACUGGGACAGCAAUGGUGGAAAGAAUUACGUAAUUGUAAAGAAGGCAAUAGCUCCAUUACAUAGAGCUUUUUCCGAUAACUCUUUAUAUUGUAAGAAAAAUAAUGAUAAAGUAAAAAAUGCAGAAAUGGGCAAUAAAUAUCAGGACGCAUCGCGGGCCAAAUUGGACACUUGGUCACAGUUUGCAAGUUGGAACCACUUAGAAAACUCUGCUCCUUAUUGGUGAAGAUUCCGCAAAAGGAUACUUAUUGAGAGCCUGUACUGAAGAAAAUAUAUCUCAAUCAUCUCAAAUUAUGACGAAAUUUAUUUGAAAUGCAGUGACAACAAGCAUAUUACAGAAGAUACAAGACAUCCAUAUUACAAUUUAUAGGCCAAAUCUAAGUGAAGUAAGAAACUUAAAAACAAAUCCCUUAUUGAUAUGGCUUGCCAUCAGUUCAUAUGAAACGAAUAGAAGAUUCCGAUAUUCUGGAAUUUACACCUGCAUAGUGGGAAUUCAAACGGAAUAAAAUCGAUUACUCGAUCUGUGAUAAAUUAUACUACGAGGUGAAGUGAAAAAGCUGAAUAUUUGAAAGUUGAAAGAAUUUUUGAUAUUUAUAAUUUGUAUGUGCCAAACAUGAAUUAUUAAGUGUGUUCGAUAAUUGCGACAUGUAUCUAUAGCCUUUUCUGUAAAGAGUACCUAUUUUAUAAGACUGAUAUCAUAGUUGUGAAUAGUUUUUAGGAAGUGAUUACCUGUAUAAAUAUUCUGUAAGUUAUAUCGAGCAGCUCUAAGUCAAGUCAUAUUUUUGGAUUCAUAAACUUGAUUUUGUAUAUUAUAUAUCAAAUGCUCAUUAGAAGUGCUUAAUUGCUUGUAACGUUAUGAGCUGUUAACAAUAAUUGUUUCUUAAGCAAAUAAUAUUAAAGCCAUGUUAUUAUAUUAUAACAGACUGAUAUUUUUUAAAUAUAGCUAUUUUUUAAACUUUUAAGUCAAAUAUUCAUUAAAGGUGUACAUAAUUAUAAAUAGAUUUAGUAUGUUAUUAGAUCAGAUAUGGCAUAUUAAUAGGUUUCCGUAGUAGAUAGAUUUUGAAAUUUAUUAAAAAGCUUAAAAUUAAGUAAAAGUCAAUGCCGGGAGCUAAAAUAUUAACUUCAUGGUUGGUUGAUAAAUAAUAAUUCAAAUAUACAUGAUCCAAAUUCUAUACACAUAUAGCUUCGUAAUUUUAAGAUAUCGAUAAAAAAGAGUGGCAUUUAUUAGUCUUCAUUUUAAAAUCACGGUAUAAAAUAAUUAAAAUAUCUGUCAUGAAAUAUAUUUAGCCUAAGGAGCUGUUUCUGGAAUGCUUAUAUAAAAAAAAUAUUGAAUGCUCUAUAUAGGAUCCUGCAAUUAAGUUUUCUCCAUUGUUAACUUUUAGAUCCUUGGUGAUAGAAACAUCAAUUUAUCAGUAAGAUCAAUUUAUUUUAUUAAGAAAUUAUCAAUUUUUCUACUGAUUAACGUAUUGAAAACAGGUAAACUUGAAUUUCGCACUUUUAAAGUUAUUACAAAAAUAUACCUUUUUUAAAUGAGAAUCCUAAAUAUUAUCAAUAGCAAAUCCUUCUCUAAAUGAAAAAAAAUUUCUCUAAAAAAAAAAAAAAAAAAAAAAGCACUUUUUUCUUUAAAUCGGAAAUAACAAUGAUUGACAAAUUGACUAUAUAUGUACAUCUAAAAAUAUAUAAUACUCACAAUUUGUACGUGGCCAAAGGUAAGGCAGUCUACAUAAUUUUUCCAUUAUCAUAUUUAGUAAGCGAUAGCUUAGAACAUUCUUGGUGAUGCGUAGCCUCUGCCUAUGUAUACGUUUUUUCACCCUAAAAUUUAGGGUAGAGAAGUGGAAUUUAAAAAAUAUGCUCUAAAAACCCUUUGGCACAUUUUUUACCAUGCCUGAUAUGCCUAAUCAAUUAUUCGACUUUUCCUCUGACUAGGCAUAAGUCUUUUUUGUAGUUAAAGAGAGCUUAGAAGGUUCUUGGGAUGCGUAAUUUCUGGCGAUGCAUAAUUUAAGUUACCCUUGGUGAGUACAGGGUCAAGGGUGUUAAUAGAAUUUUGUACCAUUUAAAUAUGCACGUAAGGCCAUUCUGCGUGGUCAGAGAAAAAUCUUAUAUAAUUUUUCUAUUACCUUUCGACGUCUUUUAUUAUAGUAAUGAUAACUUUCACAAAAAAAUAUUCUAAUUAAACGUUUUUUAACUAAAUUUUUAAUAAAUCUGUCAAUUAUCCUAUUUUUUUAAUGAUCCAAAGCUUCAUCUAUAGUUAAACUUUUCAUCAACUCCCUUGUACACAUAAUUUUAUUGCUUAAAAAACGAUUUGCUAUCGAUUUGUAUUAUAAUAAAGAGUGUCACAUUAAAAAAAAACAGAAGAAAACUCAACUCAAGAAGUACACCAUUUUUCGAAAUAUUUGCAAGAGUGAUGUUCAGCUUUGUUUUCUGUUUUCACUACGAUAAUUAGGAGAAAAAGUGUUUCACCGGUGGUAACUUAAUCAUCUUUGUACCUUCAGGGAUAACGCAGGAUUGCAUUAUUGAGAAACAUAUUUUUCUAACUUUUAAAA